ACGUUCAGGUACUCCUCUCGCCUUCAAGCACACAAAGACACAAAAUGGAGCUGGAACUACCUGACUGAGGAGAAGUACAGUUGCGCUCUUUUAGUAUGUACAACCUGAAGGGGUUUUAUUUGUGUGUAUUUAAUGAAAUAACAAGAUUCUACGUCGACUGAGAGUCAGAGGAAAGAGGAGUAAACAUGUUUUGGACGUUAAUCUUCGCCGCUUUAAUGGCAACAGAGUCCACAAUGGCCAUCUCGGUCCAGUGCCCCACAAAGAGGUACAUUGUCAUCCUCUUCCAGCCAGUUACCCUCACCUGUAACUACCAGACAACCGCCACUCAGUCUCCUGUUGUCACAUGGAAGUAUAAAUCAUAUUGCCGGGACCCCAUCCAGGCUGCACUGAAUCCCAGCAGUGCAGAGAACAUCUUGUCUCAGAGCAACCCCAACUAUGAUGCCAACAUCGAGUGCGCCGACAGCCAGAGGACAGUGCGCAUUGUGGCCUCCAAGCAAGGCAGUGCUGUGACCCUCGGCACGGACUACCAGGGUCGCAAGAUCAGUAUCCUAAACAAUGCAGACCUGAAUAUAGCGCAGACGGCAUGGGGCGACAGCGGUGUCUACGUCUGUUCUGUGAUCUCUUCCCAGGACCUUUCAGGAAACGGCGAAGACUACACAGAGCUCAUUGUACUUGAGAGAAAGUCAAAUACUACUGACCUCCUGCCUGGCAUUGACUUACUGGUUAUGGAAGACUGGCUCCUGGUUGUUUUGGUGGUUCUGGGCUUCCUGUUGCUUCUGCUCCUGAUCGGGAUCUGUUGGUGCCAGUGCUGUCCACACACGUGCUGCUGCUACAUCAGCUGCCCCUGCUGCCCCGACCGCUGCUGCUGCCCACGGGCCUUGUACGAGGCAGGAAAAGCAGUGAAGAAAGGUGUGCCCAGUCAUUAUGCUCCCACCAUGUAUGCUCCCAGUAUGUAUGCUCAGCCAGCAUACAGUGGCCCGCUAAUGAACCAGCCCGGUAUGCCCCUGCUUCCUCUACCCAACGGAGCUGGACCCCUACCGCCCCAGAAUGGGUACAGUCGAGAAUAUGAUGGCGCUAGCUCAGUGGGACAGGGCUCUCAGGUGCCUCUGCUGCAUGACGGAGACCAGGACCACACUCGCAGUGGGUAUCGUAUCCAGGUGGAUCCUGAUGGGAACGCCACACGUGCCAUUUACUAUAUGGAGAAGGAGCUUUCCAAAUUGGACCCGGCCAGACCUGCCAACUACAACCGCUUGGAUAAUAUGAGUGAAGUCACUUCCUUGCAUGAUAGCUUGGAGCCUCGAGGUCGUGGGGGGCGUUCCCAGCCGCCACCUCUAGCCACCGUCUAUGACCGGGAUGAAGCCAUGAGCACCAUCAGCAGUGUUUCCCAGCAAGGCCACCGCCGUGAUGACUACCCGCGCCAUGGUGGAGGGUACAUGGAGAAUCGCGUACGUGCCCGCUCCAUGGACAACCUUGACGACAUUGGACGGCGGUACGGCCGAGAUGACUACUCACCACACCGGCGCCCAGAUGAGCCCAGAGGCAGGAGAGGCUCGGAUGAUGGGUGGAGCAGUAGUGCCCGCAGCGGCCACGACCGCGACUUUGAUGACCGCAGGCGGCGUGACUACUCCCCUGAUGAUCGUCGGAGAGGAGACAGGGGGGACUACGGUGGCCUCCCAGGGAGACGCAGCCGCAGCCGUGACGAUCUGAUGGACCUGGAGAGGAAUCGCCCAGCUGCCGGCGCUGCCAGGGGUGGGCGUGUUGAUUAUGAUGACAGCUUCCUGCGAGAAGCCAUGGAGAGGAAGAAGAUGGGCGAGCAGCAGAGGGCACGCAGCCGGGAGCGACUGGACAGCGAGAGCGACCGCUCUGAUCGGGGGAGGGCGCCACGUGGGCCUCCGCCACUUCCCCAGAACCCGCCCUCUGGAUAUCCUGGUCGCCGUGAUGACUACCCACCCCCACCACCUCCACCGUACAGUGAAGAUGAAAGUGUGUCAUCUUCCAAAAAAAGCAACCUCCGCAAGAAUGGAGCUGUGAGUCGGGAGAGCCUGGUGGUGUAAAACCAACCGUGACGUGAGCAACCUGCCCCAAUAAUGCAGCUUUGAUCCAUCCAAACAGGCACAGUUGAUUUAUAAGACUGUAAAUAUUAGUCACACUGCUAAUUUGCUGUACUGAAUUUCAUAUUGCAUAAUAUACAGUAAACUUAUCACGAAUUGAUUCUGAAUGUGUAUGAAUACUUUUCUAAUAGGGAAUAGGUGCACAGAUGAAACAUUAUGUGCCUUUCCAUGUAUAAAACAUUGUGGCUGCCACAAGUGCCUUAGAGUGUACAGAAUUUUACUUGUAGAUGUGAAAGUCAGGCUGAUAAAUAAUUCCUCUACAACAGUGUUUAUAUCUUGACGAGUAAACAUGUUCCAAUUGGUUUCAACUUUCUUAACAUUUUUAACAUUUGUGUAGUUUCAGUUAGCUGAUACAGGUACUAAUGUAGUUUUGUAGGGGUUUACAGAUUUUCCUGGCUUUUUACUUGUGAAAAUGUUUUGUAAGAAAAGCUAUGUACAUUCAAAGGAAUUGAUUUUAUCUUUGCUUUUAGUUGUGUUAGAUUGCUCUGUGUCUUUAGUAACCUGGUGAACAAAAUAUAUUCUUGGUUAGAAUUUGUGUUUGAGUACUUGCAUUUUAUUUUCUAACAUUUUAUUUUUUUUAUACAAAAUUCACAUUUUAACCUUCAGUAUAUUGUACAGACAACCAGUCAUACACUCUGAAAAUGAAAAUUAUUAUUGUGAUGUGAUGAAAUUUUACAAUAAAGGUCUCUAUUGUCAGGGCA